AUGCUCUUCUCUUCCCUCGCCGUUGUUGCGGCCGCAACUGCCGCCCUGGCAUCUCCCGUCAAGCCCAGCGGCAAGGCCAAGACCGUCACUCUGCCCGUCAAGCGCGUCUCCAACGUCAAGUCGGCCAAGAGCCUCGUGCAAAAGGGCCACGCCCGUCUGGCCAAGGUCAACGGCGUCAAGGCCGUCGGCAACGAGGACGUCAGCUCGGGCUCCAUCACCAACGAGGACGUCAGCUACGUUGCCCAGGUCACCAUUGGCGAUGGAAGCUACAGCCUCAUUGUCGACACUGGAUCCUCCAACCUCUGGUGCGGUGCCCAGAGCCAGUGCGAGCCCUCGUCCACCGGCCAGUCCACCGGCGCCUCCGUCCAGGUCGGCUACGGCUCCGGCUCCUUCUCCGGCACCGAGUACACGGACAAUGUCAGCUUCGGCGGCCUGACGGUCCAGGGCCAGUCCGUGGGCGCUGCCGACCAGGCCUCGGGCUUCAACGGCGUCGACGGCAUCAUCGGCUUCGGCCCCGUGGAUCUGACGGCAAACACCGUCGACGGCGCCGACCAGGUGCCCACCUUCAUGGACAACCUCUACAGCCAGGGCUCCAUCUCCAGCGAGGUGCUGGGCGUCUCCUUCAGGCCCGAGUCCGGCAGCGACUCGGACGACGCCAACGGCGAGCUGACGCUGGGCGGCACCGACAGCUCCAAGUACUCGGGCUCCAUCACCUACUUCGACACGCUGCAGAGCGGCCAGGCGGCCAGCUACUGGGGCAUCUCCAUCGCCAGCUUCACCUACGGCUCGACCACGCUGGCCUCGUCCGCCACCGGCAUCGUCGACACCGGCACCACGCUCAUCUACAUCCCCACAAAGGCCUACAACAAGCUGCUGUCUGCCGCCGGCGGCUCGGCCGACCAGUCCGGCCUCACUGCCUUUUCCUCCAAGCCCACGUCCAACUUCAACAUCAAGUUUGGCUCGUCCACCUUCUCCCUCACCCCGGCCCAGUACCUGGUCCCAACCUCGCAGUACGACGAGUUUGGCCUCAGCCAGGGCCAGUACUACGCCUUCUUCGCCGACGGUGGCAGCUCCGGCGUCGACACCAUCAUUGGCCAGAAGUUUUUGGAAAACUACUACUCCGUCUUUGACACCACAAACUCUCGCAUCGGCUUUGCUACCGCCGUAUAA